AUGCAGACAUCAAUUCAUCAACACCUUUUCUUUGACAUCUUUGAACUCGUUGCAACCCAUCUCUCCGUGACAGACCGUCGAGUUUGUCUAUCUGUUAGUCAUCAAUGGCAUGACAUAUUUAUGCCCGCACUCUACUGCAACAUCACUACGACCGGCCACCGACAGUUCAAGUCCCUUCUUGAAACUAUGUUGGCAUGUCACUACUCCACAACCGGCCUUGAUUCAGUCGGUUACUUUGUCCGCAGCCUGGCCAUCCAAGACACCACCAUUAGUCCCGAAGAACUGCGGCAACUCACGAUCGUCUGUCCUCUCUUGCGUGUUAUCCGUAUAGAUAGACUUGUAGUCCCAAAAACGCACCCUAUCGAUGCAGUCGACCUAGCAAGACACCUCGGAAGCUGGAAAUAUCUACGCCAGAUCACCGAACGUUUCGACACUACACUCUCAAAUACUGUCUUAUCUACCGUCAAUCAACUCACGCACCUCAGUAUCUGUUUUCCAGACCAUGCCGGACUCCAUCCAAUCCGAACGUUUCUUACAGUCAUACCAAACGCUCGACAUCUACGCUCAUUAUCCAUCACCCAUAUGACGCUCAGAUUUGAUUUACUAGAAUGGAUUCACACAUCGUGUCCUCAACUAGAGACGCUUUGUCUGGUUGACAUUACCCUACAAGCAUCAAACUUAGAGCUUUCUCAGAUUACCUCAAGAUACACACCAUCUACGAUCCUUCGUACCUUCAGACUACAAGGAUGCUGGAAUUUGUAUGAACACUACGAAUGGAUCUAUUAUAUUGCACACAAGUACCCAACUGUCCAGUUUCUCGAACUCAAUGAAAGUUAUUGUGAAGACUGGGAGAGCAACAACAUGGCCUCUCGACUAAACGAUCCUCCGGAGACCAUCAAGGCACGUUACAAUGCAAUGGUCUAUUUGGCUCAGCACUGCCGGCAUAUCAUAGACCUCCAUCUGCACCACAUUGCCUUGGACGGAUCAUUCUUUGAGAUGCUCGAACGAACCGAGACACGGCUGAGAUCUCUGUCUUUGGGUGACAUGACCUGGCGUACAAAGAGCAUGGUAAAAUCUCUGGCGUCUACUCGCCAGCCAAGACUCCGAACGCUGACCUUGUGGGACUGGUGCUCUUCUGUUGAACAGCUCACCGGACCGUAUUAUCGACAGAUAACUUCUCUGACACUCUCGGCACGAUGCACGGGUUACGAUAUUUUGGGGAUCGAUGCUGUUCUGACCCAGUGCCAAGGCCUCCGAGAGCUUACGCUCGAGCAUGGUCCGCUCGGCCUGACCUCGUUCUGUGCGCCCACAAAUCAUCCACUCACCACGCUUGUUUUGCGGCAGGUGUCAUUCAAGGAUGAGAUCUUUGGCUACCUUUCAAUGGUCUGCCGGCACUUGACCCAUCUUGAUUUGAUUUCAUGUCGCUGGUCAGAAGCCUUUUCGAGCCCUAUCCGACUUGAUCUACAAACACACAGAUUGAUAUCACUUAAUAUCAGCCAUCCGCAGGUCGUGUGGGGUAAAGGCGAUUAUGAGCCUGUUUGGCAUUACAGGGUUGUCUCUAGUGCGUUUACCAAUGAUGAGCAAGCCAAGCAUACCAAGCAUACCAAGCAUACCAAGAUACUUAGAGUCGAUGGCAAUGGCAAUGGUAAUGGUAAUGGUAAUGGUAAUAGUAGUGGGUUGAGUUCUCGGGGCGUGGGACAAAAUGAGCCCAAUAAAGCAAUGAAAAUCGUUGAAUUUGAGGAAAAUUGCCUGGAGCAGUUACCUUUUAUGAAUGUUUAUUGUCAUUCUAUACACAACUUGUGUCUUAAUCAUUUGGAUUACAAACUGUUAAAAUAUACCUUUUUGUUCUCUUUGUUUCAAUUUCGAGUAAUGGACAGAGUAUGGGAAAAGUUUGUUACCAAGACGAUGACAAAUGCUGUGUUUAUGCUUUAA